UUGUUUAGGAUAAUUCCCAUUCUUGGAGAGGCCACUACGAGUGAGACAUUGCCAUUAGCUGAUUUCUAUGUGGUUCACCUAAAAAAUAAAAAGGAAAUAAAUUCGUUUCUGAAAAAAAUCCCGAUGUUUUUGGCAAAAUUUAAUCACCUGAAGCGAGUUGACAGAACGGGUGGAAUACUUGUGCAGCGCGUAGGAACUUUACCCGUUGGGCUUCUUGAUGCACUGAGGGAGUUUGGAGUAAAAGAGAGCGAUAUGGAGAUAGUCAAAGUGCCUUCUGUUAAACCAAUGACUCGACAACAGUUUGAUUGGGCUAAACAAUACUGGCCUACUUGCUUUCAUCCUGAUAAGGAGCUUGAAAGCUUAAUGAACAAUACAAGUUUUACGGAAAAAGACAAACAGCGCAUUUAUGAAUGGUGUGAACGAGCUCACCAAGUGGGGAGCAUAGUGGUGCAGUUUCAGAACGAUGAAGAGUUGGCGUGUGGGCAUCAGACGUAUCGACUCCUUAGUCAUUCUGUAAUGACAAUGGUGCAGAAGUUGGCGAAAUGCCCGCGGCGAGAGGGUGACUACUUAGCAACUAAUUGUGAUGUAUAUCUGAAGGAUGAGCCGUGUGCUAUGUGCGCUAUGUUAAGUUUAGGGAGUUGGCAACUUCAUCUAGAGCCCUCCAUCAAUCAUCAUUACCGUGUCUUUCAAGUUACUGAUAUCGCAGAAGAGGGAAGUGCAGUUUGUGGGAAAUGA